ACAUUCAUUUUGAAGGCCAUGGGAACGAAGUCAAAACCAUUUGCAACUGGGAAGCCUUUGAUGGGUUAUGAAGAGAUAGUAGUUCAGGAAGAUGAUUCUAAAUGUUGUUCAUGUACCCCAAGUUGGGUCAAGACGUUUCUGAUUUUUUUUACUGCAAUCAUAUUGCUUAUUGCACUAGCCUUAAUCGCGUUGGGUGUUUUCCUUCUGGUUAUUCGCCUGCCGUUCGUGCCUGUAUUAUUAGGUGAGGUGGCGUACUUGAGUCAUUUCCUUAUGUUCGUUGUCGGGGGUCUUCUGGUCAUUGUAUGCAUUAUUGGGUUCGUUGGUGUUUCGAAUGGAAAAUCCACUCUUCUCCUUACUUUCGCAUGGAUGUUGUUUUUCAUCUUGUUAGUCCAGUUCACAACUGGUGUCUUGGCUUUAUGCUUUUCAAAUGUCCUCACUGAAUGGCUUGCUGAUCGAUUAAUGUUCACGAUGCAGACUCAGUAUUUACAUGAAACUGAUGGUGUUGAUGCAGCUGUAGAUCAGAUACAACAAAAUUCAAGUGUUGCGGAUCAAGGACUUAUCGAGACUGGACUGAUAGUGUUUUUCAAAACCAUUCAAAAGAAAAAGAAAGCUUCCCAUAUGCAGGGUAUUCACUGGUUGUUCCUGAUUCCUGCUGCGUUAGAACGAUUAAAAGUUGCGGAAAGUUACCACAUCCGUCAAAUGUGUACUACGAAUGAAACCAUUGCAAACGAUCAAAGCCAUCGAAACCUCAUUUCCAGUCUCUUUAGACCCCACCAUAGACUUUAUAUCGGAGCUUUCUACCUCCGAACUCUGUCGAAUCGAACAUCAAGCAUCGCUUGCCAAAACUCUGGAAUGUCUAGCCAUGGAUGUACGCUGUAUCUCCAAGACAUGUAUACAGAACCCGAGUGUGAUUAUUAAAUUGACUUCAUCUGGCUAUAGUACUGAAUCUUCAAAUUCACCUCCAGAUCAUCCGAACUUUUAUGGACUCGCUGGUGUAGGCGUGGCACCGAACUGUAGGGCAGAAAUUGUGCUUCUCGACCGGAUACCAGUCAACAGCGGUUUAUAUGCCAUUCGACUGAAUGCAUCUGUGAGAACUAGGAAGGAUCGUGAAACUAAGCGAUGUCGAUUCGUAAUCUCCGCCUACGCACCCAGUGACUGCAGUCUAGAUGAUGCGAAGGAUGACUUAUGUUAAAGGCCGUCAACUUUGCUACAGAAAGCAAAACGUUCAGAUGUAGUCAUAAUGGCAGGUGAUUUCAACGCUCAAUUUGGGAGGAUGAAUCAAUCGGAAAGACAUCUAGGUAAGUGUGACUUCACAGGAAUUGACCCACUUCCUGUAGGUCAUCUGUUUGACUUGAAGCAUGCAGACGAUUUUGUCCUGUUGGGUGAAGACGCUUACAAAAUGCAGGGUCCUCUGAACGCGUUGAGCGAAAAUAUGAGUAUAUCUGGUGUGCGCUUUGCACUUGUGAAAUGUAAGACGAUGCUUCAGGACUGGUAUGCGACCACUCCCAAUUUAAUGAUAGGGAGUGAAGUGGUGAAAUGUGUCGACCUGUCCACUUACUUGGAGAGUUGCAUCAGCCCGAACGGGUUGGCCAUUGACGGAUGCAGAAGGCUCAUCUGACACUUGCCAAUUUGCAUCAUCUGUGGCGUCGGCUGGCGAGACAUCCGACUGUCUGUCUAUCAAAAGACGAGUAUACCGCGCUGCAGUCUGUUGUGUCCUGUGUUAUGACUGAGAAAUGGGAGUUCAAAUUAGAAGACAUAAAGCGGUAACAGUGUUUUAGUCAUAUAUGUCUUCGAUUCAUUGCACGUGUUUGUUGAGGUCAGGUUAUACAGGUAAGUCGAUUGAUGAAGUUGUGAACCAUGGUCAACUGACGUAGCCCCGACAUAAAUUGAGGGAACCGAGCCACUGCCCACUUCGACGUGUCAUUCAGGUGGGGGAAGUUGCAUCAGGUUGGAAGAAGACUUAUGGUGGCCAGAUCCAGACGUGGCACCAGUUUAUGAAGUUCCUGCUUGUUGGUCUGAGGCAUGUGAGAUGUUGACUGCCUGCCCGGGGUCCUCGAGAUGAUAGGAACCAGUGGUUGAGGUCUCCUAGUGAAAUAGCUAAAAAUCGGUUACAAUGGCAUAGAUGUAUUCACUCUGUGACGUCCAAAUCUUGAACAUUCGCACUAAAUUUUAUUACCGUAUGUUUCAUUCACUUACACAACUUUAUCUACUUUGAUACCACUCCUUUUCUCUUCAGUUGGUGUUUUCGUACUAUUUUGAGAUAUGGCAACUUGAAUUGAUGCACCUGUUUGCCAGGUUCUACGUUGUUUUGUCUGUCCGUCACAUCAGACUAUCAAGAUAUUAGACAGGAAGAUGAGGGACGAAGGAAUGGAAGUUAUUCAGCCAAAAGUCAUGUAGGAAGGAAAAAAGAGGUUCAUGCAAAUAAAAAGGUAAAGAUGAAGCGUAGCAGGGAAAAUUCACAAGAUAGGAUGUACAAAAUAGCUGUUCAUCUGCCCCAAUAGUGAGGAAAUAAAACGUGCAUAAGCUUGCUAUUUCUCCGUCUCACUAACAACUUUUCCAUGCUUUACAACUUACCGUGAAACUUCAAAUGAUAUUCGAGGUUCAUAUUAGCUUGUAGGUGGUCCGUGAUUCUAGUUAUUUUCUUCAAAUGUAUUCCUUACAAAAAUUUUGUUGAAAAGCAGUCAACGUAAAAAUAUAAAAAACCCCAUAACCUGAGUUUUGAUGGUAAUGUCAUACUGAUGACCGUACAUAUGAAUAGCAGUAGUAAAGCUACUGCCAUCCUAUCAUAUUAACUCCACGUCGCUACCAAAGGGAAUUCAGUGUUGGGUAUAGAAGUAACAUUUUCACUUCGCGAAUACCCAGCUCUAACAGUGAUACUUCUGAGUGAGCUUAACCUUUUGAAACGUAAAAGUACUUCCUGAAAGGCUGAUGCUGACCUCUGUAGAACUUUUCUUGUUUUUUGCAGUUGACAAGAUCAUCUGCAUCAAUAAGAUUUGUUUUCUUCACAGUCCCACAUGUCUUUGUAAAGCAUAAGGUAUAUACCGAUAACUGUUUCUGUUAGUAAAAAGUAGCCCUUUUCAGGCACCAAACUUACAGAUUUGGUUUUCGUAGGAAAGUCACCAGUGGAUAAAUGGGACGAAAAGUUAGUAGAGUUCCUAGGGUUUGUUGUAAUUGACUCGAUAAAUGUGUGUUGCGUUGGUCUAGACACUCGACUCCCAACCAGUGGAUUCUAACCCCGCUCUACCCACCAAAGGCUGAACGGUCAAAUAAGGAUGCAGCUACUAAGUGUAUCUCGACUUUUCACUUCGCUGAUAUACACCUGUGAGGUAUCAGCUAUAGUUAUCUAAAAGAGAUUCGAUCAAAGUGCAUACAGUAACCACGCACACAUUCUUGCGAUGGGCGAGAUACCUUUGACUGCUCAUACGUCGGUAGGGGGGGAUAUUGGAACUCAUGUCUCCCUGGUAGGGAGCUGGACAACAAUAGUCAGCUGCUUCUUUUAUUCGUUUAGCGCAUUGAAUCUAAUGCUCUGCUUAGUCUUCAGACCAUGAAGUUUCUACUACCUGAAAUUUUGGAUGUAUCAGCGGCACUUAACAGGUCUUUCAAACCAUUCCUACAAUUUUGUCAACGUUACUGCUUGGAGUUUAGAUAUAUAAUCCUAUUACUAUUCGAUACUAAAUACCACUUCAUUUUAGGGCUGCAUGGAAUCAAUACUCCUUAAUCUACGAGAACAAUACUUUAUAAUAUGUGUGGUAGCGCUUGCGCUUGUUUUCGUUGAGUUCUUCGGUGUGAUACUGGCUUGCUGCUAUUCGAAAGCACCAAAAACGAAUCACUGAAUACUUGGAGUGUAGAAAGUCAAAUAAACAAAAUUUUUUUUGCAAUUAUCUUUGCGUUUAUUUUUAAUGUACAGCUUUUUAAAUACAGAAUAUUUGCAC